AUGAAAAGCAAUCACCAUCUCAAAACGAUGCUGGGUAACUUGAAGGGAGGUCGGAGCCAUGCGGGACUAUCAAGGCGCUCUGACUGUCAUGUUUAUCUCAUUGGGUUACCGUCUUCUGCUUCAUGGCAAGAUCUAAAAGUCAGUUUCAUUGACAUUUUAGGUCUCAUUGUGUUGUUUAUGUGUUUCCUAAUCCUAUUUGGUGACAUUUUUUUGGAUCACAUGUGCAGAUAUGCUGAUGUUUUUUCCUCUCAAGUUUUCCGUGACCGUGAUUGUGAAUGUCGACAAUGUGGUUGCGUUGAUCAACAUGGUUCUUCUGGAGCUUCUGAAAUGGAAAUGGAAAUACUAAAACUAGACUGGAAAAGAUCCAUGCAAAUGCAAUUCGUCGAUUGGGUCGGCGAUUGCAAAAAAAAACGGCGAUUGGAUCACCGAUUGGGCGGGAAUUGUGAUGUCGAUUCCAAAAAGUACCGAUUCAGGAAAAAAAACGCUUCGGCAAUUGGUUUGAUUCCUCAGAACCACAGGAAAAUUUUGUUGACAUUGGUGAGAACGAGGACAUAACAGUAGGCGCAGGAAAAUUUUGUUGACAUUGGUGAGAACGAGGACAUAACAGUAGGCGCAUCAGGAAGCAAAAAAAGUGAUAAAGAAGCUCGCAAACCUCUUUUAGAAGAAGUGACUAUGGUUGGUUCGGGUACUAGUAAGAAUGCUGGAGGAUCAAAGCAAUGGAUUUGUAAGCAUUGCAAAGUGAAAUAUACAAGUUCAUACACUAGGAUUCAUAUACAUUUCUUUGGUGCUCAAGUUGGGAAGACGGCAGAAAUUAGAAGAUGUCCAGCUAUGAUUAAAGAUCCGUCCAAGCUACAACGAAUUUCGAACAAGGUGAAAGAAGCCGAGAGCGGAGGUGUGUCAAGAACUUUAAAAAAUUCAGUCCUUUCAAAAAAUUCAGCAUCAAAAAGACGACUUGAGGAAGCUUUUGGUGUCAUGGAGCGGAAUAUGGUGGACAUCAAAAUCAUGAGAGGCUUGUGUGCUAAUGGUAUCCCAUUCAAUGUCUUGCGGAAUCCUCAAUUCAUUGAGAUGAUACAAGCCAUCAAGAAGUCACCGGAUGGAUAUAAACCUCCAUCUAGUGAAAAAGCAAGAACCGUCUUGCUAGAUGAGUGUGUGAGAGAUAUUGAUAAAGAACUAAUACCGUUGAAAGAUACUUGGUACACUCAAGGUGUUUCGAUUAUUUCGGAUGGAUGGUCUAAUGUCAAACACAAGCCACUUCUCAAUGUUGUUGCCGUCAAUGCUCGUGGUGCGGUGUUUAUGUAUGCGGAAGAUUAUUCGGGAGUUGAGAAAACGGGAGUGGCGAUUUCCAAGUUUCUAAGAGGAGCAAUUGAAGCCGUUGGUCCAAGUAAUGUCUUACAAGUGGUGACGGACAACGCGGCUAAUUGCAAAGCCGCCGGACGCGAGAUCGAAAAGAUAUUCAAACAUAUCUUUUGGUCACCUUGUUGUGUUCAUAGUUUAAACUUGAUUUUUAAAGAUAUGGCACAAAAUUUUAUUGGAUGAGUGAUACCUAUAGGAGAGGAAAAGCAAUUGUGAAAUACUUUAUUAACCACACUCAUGCCUUGUCGAUGUUUCGUGAAAAUUCAAAACUAGAUUUAUUAAAGGUGGCUACAACUCGGUUUGCUUCACACUAUAUUCUUUUAAAAAGAAUUAUGGAGUGUAGGGAGGCUCUUGCCACAACUAUAGUCCUUAAUUCUUGGAGAGAUUGGGUUAAAUGUGGGGAUGAAAAUACGAGAAUUAAUGGGGCAAAAGUAUGUGAUACAAUUAAAGAUGAUUCAUUUUGGGAUGAUGUUGAAAGCGUUUUGGCUAUCACUAAACCCAUCUUUCUUCUUAUAAAGUUUUGUGAUGGUGAAGACCCUAAAAUGGGUGAGAUUUAUGAGAGGAUGGAUAAUAUGAUGGGGGAAAUCAAAGACAUAAUGCAAGAAAGUACUUAUGCUAGCUAUUAUGAACAAGUGGAGAAGAUAAUUUUAACUAGGUGGGAGAAGAUGAGUAUCCCACUACAUUGUUUGGGGUUUGCAUUAAACCCACGCUUUUAUGAUAGGAGAUAUCUUCAAAAAAUGGCACCCGGUGGUAUGCAAAGGAAACCAUAAAAUCUUGUCAAAGAGGUUAUGCAAGGUGUCAUAGAAUCCUUCAAUAGAUUUUCUGAAAAUGAAGAGGAGGGACGAUUGUUACGAGAGCAAUUCGUAACAUUUCAUAUGAAGAAAGGUAUCUACUCUAUGGCAGAAACACAAACGGAUGCUUUGACAAUGGAUCCAAUAGAUUGGUGGUCAACCUAUGGAGCCGAAACCCCGGAUUUGGCCUUGUUGGCAAAGAAGGUACUUUCACAACCUAUUAGUAGCUCUUCCGCGGAAAGGAAUUGGAGUACGUAUUCUUAUAUUUAUAAUGUGAAAAGAAACUGGUUGAAUGAAAAAAGAGCCGAUAAAUUGGUUUACAUUCACUCAAACAUUCGACUCCUAUCUCGUUUCCACGAAUCAUACAAAUCCGGCCCACAUAAAAAGUGGGACAUCAAUCCCGAAAGUACUUACAUUGAAGGCUCGAGUUCACGAUUAGAUGACAUGGUUUGGGAGUGCUUAGAUGAAGAAGAUUUGGAGAAUGGACAAGGAAAAAAGCAGCGGGUUGAUUGACAUGUUACAUUUCAGUUUUUGUUGGUUUACCCUUCCUGUUUGUGUUUUUGAGUUAUUACAAAACUGUUGUUUUGAAUUUUUGAUUUCCAGCAUGUAAUCUGUUUUAAUUUCCAGCAUGUAAUCUUUACAAUAUGUGUAUUUUGGUAUUUUGAAUUAUGG